CCUCAGCGCAGGGCCGGAAGCGGCCGGACGAAACGGAAGAGGUGAAGUGCUUUCCGUGGGCACGCCGAGUCUGUUGAAGAUGGCGUCGGCUGUGAGGCUUCAGCUAUUGCCUGUCAUUCUGCUUCUGGGGACUGAUCCAUUCCGCUUGUUUUCUUCUAAAGAAAAACCGUCAGUCGUGGCUGCUGCUGACCGAUCCAAGUGGCACGUUCCAAUACCGUCGGGAAAAAAUUAUUUUAGUUUUGGAAAGAUCCUCUUCAAAAAUACCACUAUCUUUUUGAAAUUUGAUGGAGAACCUUGUGAUCAGUCUUUGAAUAUAACUUGGUUUCUGAAAAGUGCUGACUGUUAUAAUGAAAUCUACAAUUUUAAGGCAGAAGAGGUAGAGACAUAUUUGGAAAAACUUAAGGAAAAAAGAGACUUGUCUGGUAAAUACCAAACUUCAUCAAAAUUGUUCCAAAACUGCAGUGAACUCUUUAAAACACAGAGUUUUUCAGGGGAGUCAGUGCAUCGGCUGCCUCUUGUAGGAGAAAGACAGGAGGCUAAGGAGAAUGGAACAAAUCUUACCAUUACUGGAGAACGAACUGCAAUGCAUGAACCACUGCAAACUUGGCAAGAUGCGCCAUACAUUUUUAUUGUACAUGUUGGAAUUUCAUCCUCAAAGGAGUCAUCAAAAGAAAAUUCACUGCGUAAUCUUUUUACCAUGACUGUUGAAGUGAAGGGUCCCUAUGGAUAUCUCACACUUGAAGACUAUCCUCUGAUGAUUUUCUUCAUGGUGAUGUGUAUCGUCUAUGUCCUGUUUGGUGUUCUGUGGCUGGCAUGGUCUGCCUGCUACUGGAGAGAUCUUCUGAGAAUUCAGUUUUGGAUUGGUGUUGUCAUCUUCUUGGGAAUGUUUGAGAAAGCUGUCUUCUAUGCAGAAUUUCAGAAUAUUCGCUAUGAAGGAGAAUGUGUUCAAGGAGCCUUGAUCCUUGCAGAGCUGCUUUCAGCAGUCAAACGUUCUCUGGCCCGAACCCUGGUCAUCAUAGUCAGUCUGGGAUAUGGCAUAGUCAAGCCCCGCCUUGGAGUCACUCUUCACAAGGUGGUAGUGGCAGGCGCUCUGUACCUUUUGUUCUCUGGUAUGGAAGGAGUUCUCAGAGUUACUGGGUAUUUUUCUUAUUCUUUGGCUUCAAUACUAAACCUGGCCCUCUCAGCAGUUGAUGCCUGUAUUAUUUUAUGGAUAUUUAUUAGCCUAACUCAAACAAUGAAGCUAUUAAAACUUCGAAGGAAUAUUGUAAAGCUCUCAUUGUACCGACAUUUUACCAACACACUUAUCUUGGCAGUGGCAGCAUCUAUUGUGUUUAUCAUCUGGACCACCAUGAAGUUCAGGAUAGUGACUUGUCAGUCGGACUGGCGGGAGCUGUGGGUGGAUGAUGCCAUCUGGCGGUUGCUGUUUUCCAUGAUCCUCUUUGUCAUCAUGAUUCUCUGGCGACCAUCAGCAAAUAACCAAAGGUUUGCCUUUUCUCCAUUGUCUGAGGAAGAGGAAGACAACGAACAAAAGGAGCCAAUGCUGAAAGAAAGCUUUGAAGGAAUGAAAAUGAGGAGUACCAAACAAGAACCAAAUGGGAAUAGUAAAGUAAACAAAGCACAGGAAGAUGACUUGAAGUGGGUAGAAGAGAAUGUUCCUUCUUCUGUAACAGAUGUAGCACUUCCAGCCCUUCUGGAUUCAGAUGAGGACUUCCAGUAUGGUGUUGAAGAGAAGUGGUGUGAUUCAGCAACCUUGCGUUAGUUUUUCAUUGUUGAAUACCAUGAACGAAUGAUCACACACUUUGAACGGUCCAAAAUGGAAUGAAGAAUGGGAAGAUUUGCAGUUGAAGAUGACUAGUAUCAAGGAAGAGAUUGGCUUCUGUAUGUCUUCUAGUGGUCCAUGCGAUUUUAGGAGACAGUGACAUCCUGAUCUCUUUCUUGAUCUUUGUACAUUGGAGCCAGUGAGAGGUGUUGGAACAAGGAGACUGUCUUAUGAAGACACAUUCAUAGGAUGAGAAAAACCUACAAGCUUCUUAUUUACAACAUUGAUGCCCUUGUCCCUCUCAAACUUUGACACAGAUGCUUAUACAACUUAACAUGUUGUUCCCAAACUUCCUGUGUUUCAGUUUAAUCUGUCAAACUAAAGUUUAAUGUCUUCUAAAGGACUAUGUCAUCAACACCAUAGUAUGUAAUCUCCAAGAGCCACUGCCUGUAAUUUUUAUUUAUUUAGGGAGUUUCAUGGGUGAUGGGGGAAAUUGUUGCUUCUCUUUCCUUUUCCUGGGAACUCAAUGUUACAUCUUGUAGAGGGCCCUUCUGAGUUAAGGAGCCACGGUUCUAUUAGUGAUCAAAAGAAAAAAGCAGUUACAGUGAAUCAUUUUUAAAAAGCAGAAUCAAGUGCACUUUUGUUUACAAAUGGCGUAUAUUAAAGAUUUUUGUAUUUCAGAUGUACUUUAAAGAGAAAUAUUUGCUUGACUCUUGA